UGUUUUUUUCUGAAGAGGGGAAGUCACAUUCUUCUUCAAAGAACAUAUGCUGUAUUUGAUUUUAACUUGGAAGAACAUUAUCAAUUCAGCAAAUAAUAUCGAUUUGAAUGUUUUGCAUUUAUUUACGCUUUGUUUUGUAACACGACAUUCUUUUGUUUUAAUGAAGCAGUAUUUGUUUAACUCCCCUUUAACCUGUACGGAGUGGAAGAGUCUCCACAAAGGCGGGAUGUUUUGGAAGUAGAAAACAGGUUUGGCAGAAGCAGUCUGGGUUGCUUUUCUCUGCUAAAUGGAAAUACAGAAACAAAACCGGGUGUAGUUGCAGUAGUGCAAAGAAUGGACUGGGAUCAGGUAGAGCUGAACCCUAAAGUGGUACACGCUGUUAAGAGAGCAAAUGUGAAAACAUUCCGGGAGGUUUUGAGUCUGUCUGGUCCCGACUUGCAGAGACUGACCAAGCUGUCUCACGCGGAUGUGCAUCACUUGCAGAAAACAGUGGCUGCUGCUGUACAGACAGACCCAGCAGUGACAGCGCUGCAGCUGUAUCGGGGAGAAUGCCCCUUUCUGGAACAGCACCAGAAGCUGAGUCUGGGCUGCCCUGUCCUGGACUCUCUGCUGAGGGGCGGCAUCCCCCUGCUGGGUAUCGUAGAGAUAGCUGGGGAGAGCUCAGCCGGCAAGACCCAGAUCUGCAUGCAGCUCUGCUUGUCAGUGCAGUACCCCCGGAAAUAUGGUGGCCUGGAGGCAGGCGCUGUCUACAUCUGCACAGAAGAUACUUUCCCAACCAAGCGUUUACAGCAGCUGAGCAGCCUACAGCACAAGCUCAGGCCGGAGGUCCCAGCUGAUGUUGUUAAGAGCAUAACAUUUUGCGACAACAUCUAUAUCGAGCAUGCAGGAGACGUGGACUCGCUGAACAGCUGUAUCUCGAAGCGGGUUCCGAUCCUGCUCUCCAGAGGGCUGGUGCGCCUGGUCGUGGUUGAUUCUAUAGCAGCUCUGUUCCGCUGUGAAUUUGAAGCCAAGGAUGCGCUCCUGAGAGCCAAGCAUCUGCUAGCAUUUGGAGCCACCCUUCACAGCCUGAGCCACAGAUUCAAGACACCCAUUGUCUGUGUUAAUCAGGUUGCAGAUGCAGUCGGUGACUUUGAUUUGGUACAGAGCAAUUUUGGGUUACUGGACAAGAAGGUGUUGCCAACUUUGGGGAUCACGUGGUCCAACCAGCUGCUGAUCAGACUGAUGGUGAGCCGGACUCGGUUCUCGCUGCAGGAGUGGUUGCCGGGGCUCGCGGCUCAGCCCUGGCACCUGGGCAGUGUUGUCCGCACUAUGGAGGUGGUGUUCGCUCCGCAUCUCCCGCAGUCCUUCUGCUACUACACUGUCAGCAUAGAUGGAGUCCGAGGCGUAAAGGAAGAGCCUGCAUCGUAGCCUUUGGAGGGGGCUUUACUCAGGCUUAAAAUGACCUUGUUGUGGGACAGCAGUGGCUCCCGUCAAAAGCCUCCAUGGUUAUUUUUUUCCAGUGACGUGGCUUAGGUGCCCGAAUGCAUGAGCCAUGCGCACUUUUUAUUGACGUGCAUUCUAGUUUGGGUUAGAGAAGCUCUCUUUUGGAUCUCGGUUCUGUUUCAUGAACAUGCUACCUGGAACAUGCAUGCAAAGAUACAAUUUAUUAAUGUGAAAAUACUGUGCAUCUUACUGUUGUGAGUUCUAGGUCUUAGAUGUAGAGGGUAAGCCAGUGGACGCUGCUUUAU